AUGGCAGCUCAAAUUCAACACCAUAUUCGUAACCUUGAAGAUACACUCAAAGGCUAUUUAUAUGAAGGUCCACUCACUACAUAUUGGUCUAUUCUUGAACAAAAAACUAAAGUUAAACGUGAACGAAUUGCUACAGGUUUACUUGGUUUUAUUGCAAUCUAUUUGAUUCUUGGUUGGGCUAAAGAUUUUGUCUGUAAUUUUAUUGGCUUCAUCUAUCCAGCUUAUGCUUCAGUUUUGGCUGUUGAAUCAGCAGCAACCCAUGAUGACACAGAAUGGUUAAUCUAUUGGAUUGUUUAUGCUUCAUUUGGUAUUGUUGAAUAUAUUGGAUAUACAUUCUUUCAUUCAUUACCAUUUUACUGGUUUGGUAAAUGUAUUUUUCUUUUAUGGUUAAUGGCUCCAGGAGAAAAAGGUGGUUCUCAUAUUUUAUAUCAUCGUCUUAUACGUCCGUUUGUACUUAAACAUCAUCCUGUUAUUGACAAACAUAUUAGCGAUGCUAAAGAACAAAUAAAUAAAUAUUCAAAUAUUGGUACCAAUGAUGGUGAUGGCAAUAAUGUUUGA